GCCUGAUCCGUUGGCGCGCCGGCUGGCGCGACGGCGCCACUGCCUUUCUGUUCACUGAGACCUAAUCCAGUUAGUGAAUGUAUAGGCUGAUUGCUAUGCCGCGGGAUGGGCUUUGGUGUUCCUGGAAGCCCAUGAGACACCCAUGUCAAGACACGUGCAUUUCACUAAAUUUAAGCCCCGUUCGUGUUUCUAGCGCUUACAAUUUUAACGAAUGCUUCAACUCAUGAACGCAACAGGCAGGGUGCGGAGGGGAAUUGCCUCAAAUUAUCUGCCGCAUACAGAUGCGGCACAGUCGCAGGGCGCUGACGUUGGGAUUGCCGUGUAAGGCUUGAGGUAUAAGUACCGAAUGGGUCGCCAUCAUGUGCGCUGCAUUGACGUCGACAUUCCUUUUCCGCGACGUCUAUCGCUUUCACGCCUGCCAAGAUGCACUGGUCUGCUGGGUGUGCUGUUGCUCUUCAGCACCUGCUUCCCCUGGCAGCAGCCCUGCCAAACAAUGGACCUGUCAAUUCACGGGCUGAACCGCAGGGUUCAAAAGACACCUAUGACUAUGUGAUUGUGGGAGGAGGAGUCACUGGCUUGGUGGUUGCCAAUCGCCUGAGCGAGGACAAAACGAAGUCUGUCUUGGUCAUUGAGGCUGGUGCUGCCUACGACAACCCGAACAUUCGGUUGCCAUAUGCAGCCAAUUAUGAUUUGAACCAAACGCUUUUCUGGCCGAACUACCUGUCUGAGCCGGAGCCUGCGCUGGGGAACCUGCAAAUGAGUGUGGGUGUUGCCGAAGUUUUGGGCGGAGGUUCCAUCGUGAACGGAAUGGCAUAUGACAGGGGAUCCGCCGCAGAUUACGACGCUUGGGAGGCAUUAGGCAAUAGAGGCUGGGGAUGGAAUGGAUUGCUGCCUUUCUUCAAGAAAGGGACCGAGUUGAUCCCUCCCCCAUCAAAGACUGCCAAAGAAUUCAAUAUUACAUGGGAUCCCAAUGUUUACGGCAACGGACCUCUCAAGCUGGGCAUAUCCGAUUUCCAGUAUCCGGAUAUCAAAGACUAUUUUGCGGCUUUCAAGGGUGCAGGCGCUCACAGGCCUAUCGACGGAAACAAUGGAGAGGCCUAUGGUGCAUUCUGGAUUCCCAACACUAUGAACCCGAAGACUGGAGAACGAAGCCACGCCCGCAAUUCCUAUUACGACCCGGUGUCCUCUCGCCCGAACCUUCGUGUUCUGCUUGAGACUGAGGCAACUGAACUAGUUUUUGACAGCAGCAAGAAACUCACCGCCCGCGGAGUCAAGAUCACCGACAAGCUGACGAAAACUUCCAAGACGGUCUACGCAAAGAAAGAAGUCGUGCUGGCUGCGGGUGCCAUUAAUACCGUCAAACUCCUCCAGCUCAGCGGAAUCGGUCCCAAGUCUGUGCUCGAGGCUGCCGGUAUCAAAGUCAAGUUGGCACAUGACGGAGUUGGAGCCAAUUUCCAGGACCAUCCGUUCACAAUACUUGCCUAUGCCAUUUCCAACAUGAGCACGCCCAACCCUGAUUCUCUUUCCACCGAUCCUGCUUUCAACGCAUCUGCAUGGGAAGAGUACCUGACCAAAAAGACGGGUCCCCUGACACAAGCGCACGGGAACGCCCUGGCCUUCAUCCCUCUCCCAGAAGUCGCUCCGCAACAGUAUCAGGAUCUGGCCCGCCAAGUUGAGACCUUGAGCGAUGACGCCUACCUACCCGCCAUCUAUAAGAACAGCAAGAAACUGCUCAAAGGCGUCAAGACGCAGCGUAAGAUUCUAGCCAAUCUCUUCCGCAGCAAACAAGCUGGCCUCAUCGAGUAUCCCGUCCCGGCCUCCGGUGCUAGUGUCAUCGUCGCGCUGGAAAAGCCACUUUCGCGUGGAAUCAUCACCAUUGACCCCAAGAACCCCCAGGGCCCUCCCAAGAUCUUGUUCAAUGCGCUGAUGAACCCCGUCGACAAAACGGUUCUCGCGGCGGGAUUGAGGUACGCACGAAAGGUCUGGGCACGGCCGGAGCUUGCAAAGUUUUCCCCGACUGAGGUCAUGCCUGGUCCUCAGUACCAGACCGACGACGAGCUGAUCAACAAGCUGGUCGGGCUCGGGGUGGUGUUCCCCUCGUUCUCCCACCCCAGCUGCUCUUGCCCUAUGAUGCCCGAGGACAUGGGCGGAUGCGUUUCGGAUGAGCUUUUGUUCUACGGAGUAAACCAGCUGUCCAUUGUUGACGCGUCUAUUCUUCCUCUUAUCCCCUCUCAGCAUCUUCAGGCGACCAUGUACGCGGUGGCAGAGAAGGCAGCAGAUAUUAUUAAGAAGAGGUGAUAAUGCCGCAUCUCCAUUGCGGAAGCUAUCUAAUUGCUUUUUACUUCGGAAUGUACAUCCCUUUGCACUUCUUCCGUUUAGGUUAGGUUCCCUAGUCAGUGGAAGUUCAUUGACUACGGCCUGAUAGAUAAUAAUGGAGCCUUUUCAAAUCUUAUUCUACCUGGGUCGAAACGCUGCAAAGCCGAUCGCACGGUGUGACAUGUCCC